AUGGCGGCCUCGCUGUUGACGGAAGACUUGGAAGCGUAUAGCGGCCAGUACGGCACACAUGGGGCGAUCCAACGGCUGCAGUUCAUCGCCUCCCAGACCUCCAAAGCAAACCUGAAGAUUGACGCUCUAAAGCUUUGCUUGGAUCUUCUGAAGAGGACCACGAAUUGCAAAGGGUACACCGAAGCGCACAACUGCCUCAAGGAGUUGUUGGAAGGUAAUGACGCCGCUCUACCCAUCUACGACCAAGUCUGGGUGGAUGCGACGCAGAAGCAGAACGGCAUCCUGAAGGAGCUUUACGAGCAGGACUUGAGUCAGGCGAGAGCCUCGCAGAUGAAGGAGAACAUCCGAGGGUGCUACCAUCAACUCACGAAUCUUUGCUUGGAGCAAGGUGAUUACGCAGCAGCGGAGAAGUACCUGGCCAAGAGCCGUGAGUUUUGCGUUGAACCUCAGGCAGUCUUUGCCACCUGCAUGACUAUCAUCAGACUACGAGCUUUACAGCGACAAUACUCUGACAUUCAGAACUUCACCAGCAAAGCCCACCAUACGCCCUUCAAGGAUGAUUCCAGCCAAUCGAAGAUCUUUGCGGCGUAUGGAUUGUACAACAUGGCAACGGGCAAGUACCGAGAUGCCGCCACCAGCUUCUCCCAGGUGAAACCCCAGGACUUGGGCACGGCCUUCUCCGAUCUCCUGAGCCCUCAAGACGUGGCGCUCUACGGUGUGCUUUGUGCCUUAGGCUCCCUCGACCGCGCCGAGGUGCAGCAGAAGCUCUUGGACUCCCAGACCUUCCGAGAAUGCUUGGACAUGGCACCGCAGAUUCGGGACCUCGCGGUUGACUUCUGCAAUUGCAGGUAUGCAGCCUGCCUCUCUUCUUUGGGGAAGCUCCAGGAGCCUUUGUCCUUGGAUGUUCACCUCCAUGGGCAAGUAGCGAAUUUGUGUGAGCAAAUCAGGAACAAAGGCAUCGUUCAGUACUUCGCGCCCUUCAUGUCAGUCUCGCUCCAUCGCAUGGCGGAAGCCUUCAACACCGACGUGGAGUCAAUUCAACGAGAGGUGGCGAAGCUCAUCGGCCAGCGACAGCUGGAUGCGAAGAUCGACUCCCAUAGGAAGAUCCUUCAUGCCAGUCACGCCGAUCACCGCCGUGCCACGUAUCAGAACGCGCUGCGCGUGAGCGGCGACUUCCUGGACAGCACCCAUGCCUUGAUCCUGAGGAUGAACUUGCUCAAACAUGACUUUGGUGUUCAUUUGGUGAGGCAGAAGAAAUAG